AUGGACGUGGACGUGGACGUGACAUGGACGUGGACGUGGACAUGGACGUGGACGUGGACGUGGACGUGGACGUGGACGUGGACGUGGACGUGGACGUGGACAUGGACGUGGACGUGGACGUGGACGUGGACAUGGACGUGGACAUGGACAUGGACGUGGACAUGGACAUGGACGUGGACGUGGACGUGGACGUGGACGUGGACGUGGACGUGGACGUGGACGUGGACGUGGACGUGGACGUGGACGUGGACGUGGACGUGGACGUGGACAUGGACGUGGACGUGGACGUGGACGUGGACGUGGACGUGGACAUGGACGUGGACGUGGACGUGGACAUGGACGUGGUGUGGACGUGGACGUGGACGUGGACGUGGACGUGGACGUGGACGUGGACGUGGACGUGGACGUGGACGUGGACGUGGACGUGGACAUGGACGUGGACGUGGACGUGACGUGGACAUGGACGUGGACGUGGACGUGGACGUGGACGUGGACGUGGACGUGGACGUGGACGUGGACGUGGACGUGGACGUGGACGUGGACGUGGACGUGGACGUGGACGUGGACGUGGACGUGGACGUGGACGUGGACAUGGACGUGGACGUGGACAUGGACGUGGACGUGGACGUGCGGGACGUGGACGUGGACGUGGACGUGGACAUGGACGUGGACGUGGACGUGGACUGGACGUGGACGUGGACGUGGACGUGGACGUGGACGUGGACGUGGACGUGGACGUGGACGUGGACGUGGACGUGGACGUGGACAUGGACGUGGACAUGGGGGACGUGCGUGGACAUGGACGUGGACGUGGACGUGGACGUGGACAUGGACGUGGACGUGACGUGGACGUGGACGUGGACGUGGACGUGGACGUGGACGUGGACUGGACGUGGACGUGGACGUGGACGUGGACGUGGACAUGGACGUGGACGUGGACGUGGACGUGGACGUGGACGUGGACGUGGACGUGGACGUGCGUGGACGUGGACGUGGACGUGGACGUGGACGUGGACAUGGACGUGGACGUGGACGUGGACGUGGACGUGGACGUGGACUGGACGUGGACGUGGACGUGGACGUGGACGUGGACGUGGACGUGGACGUGGACGUGGACAUGGACGUGGACGUGGACGUGGACAUGGACGUGGACGUGGACGUGGACGUGGACAUGGACGUGGACGUGGACGUGGACGUGGACGUGGACGUGGACGUGGACGUGGACGUGGACGUGGACAUGGACGUGGACGUGGACGUGGACAUGGACGUGGACGUGGACGUGGACGUGGACGUGGACGUGGACGUGGACGUGGAAUGGACGUGGACGUGGACGUGGACGUGGACAUGGACGUGGACGUGGACAUGGACGUGGACGUGGACGUGGACGUGGACGUGGACGUGGACAUGGACGUGGACGUGGACGUGGACAUGGACGUGGACAUGGACGUGGACGUGGACAUGGACGUGGACAUGGACGUGGACGUGGAAUGGACGUGGACAUGGACGUGGACGUGGACGUGGAC